CCCCAUGGUUCCCUAUGGCAAUUAGUAAACAUGCUUGGCUGCCGGCUGCCACUCUGGCUCCCACCAACUACCUAGUCAAGCUCCCACCAGCUACCUCGCCAAGCUCCCACCAGCUGCCACCAUCUUCUUACGGGACCAAAAAAUUACCAACCCAAAACAAAAGCAAAACAAAUUUUCCUUUUUUGGUUUGAACUCCUUUAUUCUUCUUCGCGUUGUUCAAACAAAUGUCUUCCACCAUGAACAAACCCCAUGCCAUCACCUGCAAAGCUGCGGUUGCAUGGGGACCUGGAGAGCCGUUGGUGAUCGAAGAAGUUCAAGUGAGUCCACCACAGCCUCAGGAGAUCAGGAUCAAAGUUGUCUCAACCUCUCUCUGUCGCAGCGACUUAACCGCUUGGGAAACCCAAGCUAUAUUUCCUCGGAUAUUUGGCCAUGAAGCAUCUGGGAUUGUUGAGAGUGUGGGAGCAGGAGUCACAGAAUUUAUAGAAGGGGACCAUGUUCUUACAGUAUUCAUUGGGGAAUGCCAGACAUGUAAACAUUGCAGAUCAGUUAAAAGCAACACAUGUGAAGUUCUGGGUUUGGAAAGGAGAGGUGUGAUGCACAGUGAUCAGCAGACCCGCUUCUCAAUUAAAGGCAAGCCUGUUUAUCACUACUGUGCGGUUUCAAGUUUCAGUGAAUAUACAGUGGUUCACUCUGGAUGUGCUGUCAAAGUCAGCUCAGUUGCCCCACUGGACAAAAUAUGCCUACUGAGUUGUGGACUUGCAGCAGGUCUAGGUGCAGCAUGGAAUGUGGCUGAUAUAUCAAAAGGAUCAACUGUAGUGAUUUUUGGUCUUGGAACUGUAGGCCUUUCUGUUGCUCAAGGAGCCAAAAUCAGAGGGGCAUGUAGAAUUAUUGGGGUUGACACUAACCCUGAAAAGAGUGAAAAAGCAAAGGUUUUUGGAAUAACAGAAUUUCUCAACCCCAAUGACUGCAAUGAACCUAUUCAACAGGUUAUUAAGCGAAUUACUGAUGGAGGGGCUGAUUACUCGUUUGAAUGUAUUGGUGAUACAGGGAUGAUAACUACAGCAUUACAGUCAUGUUGUGAUGGAUGGGGUUUGACAGUUACUCUUGGUGUACCAAAAGUGAAACCUGAAGUAGCAGCACACUACGGGCUAUUUCUAAGCGGAAGAACGUUAAAAGGAACUCUAUUUGGAAGAUGGAAACCUAAAUCUGAUCUUCCUUCACUACUAGACAUGUACUCAAAGAAGGAAAUCAUGAUCGAUGAAUUCAUCACUCAUGAUCUUCAGUUCGAGGAUAUCAACAAAGCUUUCAAUCUCAUGAAAGAAGGGAAGUGUUUGCGCUGCGUCAUCCACAUGCCAAACUAGGUACAAUGGGGCUAUAAAGUUAGAUUACAAUGAACAGAUAUUCUUGCCAAAGUGACUCUUUGUAAAUUUCAAUCAAGGUUUCUGUUUUGAUGAGCAUCAUUGUGAAGGUUAUGGAAUUAUUUAGUAUCAUUGCUUUCUUGUUGAACCACCAUCGUCAUCAAUCAUCAAAUUUUCGGGGCUUCCA